GCGCCACACUUCAGUCAUUUGAACACAAGCGAAGUACAAACAAGCAACACAAAAGUUCAUAGCGACUUUAAACAGUGCAAACCAGUGAAUUUUUCUCCAAGUGAACGAAAACAAACACGACAAAAUGGUGAAAGCUCCGGCAGUUGGUAUCGACUUGGGCACAACCUACUCCUGCGUCGGAGUAUGGCAACACGGAAAAGUGGAAAUCAUCGCAAACGACCAAGGUAACAGAACGACCCCCAGCUAUGUCGCCUUCACCGAGACCGAGCGUCUCCUCGGAGACGCCGCCAAGAACCAGGUGGCGAUGAACCCCAGCAACACAGUCUUCGACGCCAAGCGACUAAUCGGGCGAAAAUACGACGACGACAAAAUACAACAAGACCUGAAGCACUGGCCUUUCAAAGUCAUCAGCGAUUCAGGCAAGCCGAAAAUCCAGGUCGAGUACAAAGGCGAACUGAAAAGAUUCGCACCUGAAGAAAUCAGCUCUAUGGUUUUGACGAAAAUGAAGGAAACGGCGGAGGCCUACUUGGGGACGUCGAUCAGGGAUGCUGUUAUCACUGUGCCUGCAUAUUUCAAUGAUUCGCAAAGACAGGCCACCAAAGACGCCGGCGCCAUCGCCGGGUUGAAUGUGAUGAGGAUAAUCAACGAACCCACAGCGGCGGCUUUGGCUUAUGGUUUAGACAAAAACUUGAAAGGCGAGAGGAACGUUUUGAUUUUCGACCUGGGUGGCGGCACUUUCGACGUUUCCAUUUUGACUAUCGACGAAGGGUCGCUGUUUGAAGUUAAAUCCACUGCAGGUGACACCCACCUAGGUGGCGAAGACUUCGACAACCGACUAGUUAACCACCUAUCGGACGAAUUCAAGCGGAAAUAUAAGAAGGAUUUGAGAAGCAACCCGAGGGCUCUCCGACGACUACGAACAGCAGCUGAAAGAGCAAAACGUACUCUGUCUUCAAGCACUGAAGCUAGUAUUGAAAUCGACGCCCUCUUCGACGGCAUCGACUUCUACACUAAAGUCAGCAGAGCCAGAUUCGAAGAACUCAACGCCGAUCUCUUUAGAGGGACGCUGCAGCCGGUCGAAAAAGCCCUCAAUGACGCAAAAAUGGACAAAGGGAUGAUCCACGACAUUGUUCUGGUUGGAGGGUCUACCCGAAUUCCCAAAAUCCAACACCUCCUUCAGAACUAUUUUAACGGUAAAGCAUUGAAUCUCUCAAUCAAUCCAGACGAAGCAGUCGCCUAUGGUGCCGCUGUCCAAGCAGCUGUACUCAGCGGUGAAACCGAUUCGAAGAUUCAAGACGUGCUGUUAGUCGACGUCGCUCCACUUUCCCUUGGUAUUGAAACAGCUGGAGGUGUGAUGUCGAAAAUCAUCGAACGCAACACAAGAAUUCCGUGCAAACAAGCUCAAACAUUUACUACUUAUUCCGACAAUCAACCGGCUGUUACCAUUCAGGUCUUUGAGGGUGAGAGGGCGAUGACCAAAGACAAUAAUCUUCUAGGAACUUUCGACUUGACUGGAAUUCCUCCGGCUCCUCGUGGAGUACCGAAAAUCGAAGUCACUUUCGACUUGGACGCUAACGGCAUACUUAACGUUUCCGCCAAAGACACCAGCUCGGGCAACUCCCGCAACAUCACCAUCAAGAAUGACAAAGGGAGAUUGUCUCAGAAAGACAUCGACAGAAUGGUCGCCGAAGCAGAACAAUAUAAAGAAGAGGACGAGAAACAAAAGCAGAAGAUAACCGCUAGGAAUCAACUGGAAGGUUACAUUUUCCAGGUGAAACAAGCUAUAUCUGAACAAGGGGACAAACUAUCGGCUUCGGAUAAGGAGACUGCGACUAGAGAGUGUGACAGCUGCUUGCAAUGGCUGGAUUCCAACACUCUAGCCGAGAAGGAAGAGUACGAAGACAAACAAAAGCAGCUGACGGCGAUUUGCAGCCCAAUUAUGGCGAAGUUGUACCAAGGGCAAGGCACAGGGGCUCCUGGAAGUUGUGGACAACAAGCAGGCGGUUUCGGAGGCCAGAAACAAGGUGGACCAACAAUCGAAGAAGUUGAUUAAGCGUUGUCAUUUAUAAAAAUUACUUGUUUAUUUUUUUAAUAUUUAAUAUUCGAUUGCUUGAACUUUUUUAUUGUUUAAUGCAGUCAUUAUUGGGUUUAAUUGUGAUAGUUUUGUAAUAGUUAUACUUAGUUGUAAGACUGUGAUUUAUUUGUACAGUAUUAUAUUAGUUGUAAAUAAAUAUUUUUUAUUUUAAA